UGUGUGUAUAUAUAUAUAUAUAUAUGGGUUGGACUUGUUUAAUGGUUUAUUUUGAUGCAUUUCCUUUUUUGUUUCUAAUGGAUAUAUAGAGUGCAUUUGGUUUUUUUUGUUUCUAAUGGAUAUAUAGAGUACGACGCAGAGGAGAGAGAUUUUUUUUGUUUCUAAUGGAUAUAUAGAGUAGGACGCAGAGGAGAGAGAGAGAGAGAGAGAAUUAAAGUCGUAUAUAGAGUUAUAUUCAACAUUGAGAGAAUUAAAGUCAUAUGUAGAGCUGAAUAUUCAACACUGACUGAAAAAGGAGCCUUUGUGAUUGACCAAGAAAAAUACAGAGUGAUGGGUGCCAAUAGAGUACGACACAGAGAGAGAGUACACAGCCUUUUUUUUUUUUUUUUUUUAAUCUUUUUUCUAAAUAAACUUUAAUAAUAAAGAAUAAGAAUUACCAUGAAAGAAUAGAUAUGCUUUUUUAAUACAAAAACUAGAUUAGAUUUUUAUCUUUUUGUUUUGAGUGAAAUAAACAAUAUAAAAGAGAUAUAUUUUGUCUAACAAUAUCUAUAAUUAAAAUAAUUUCAUUUAUGGUUGUCUGCUCUCUCAGCCGAGAAGUGGACAUUAAAAAUACAAUUUUUACAUUCAAAGAUGAAUCAUUUUAUGGUUGCCAUAUACAUAACAAAAAUAUCUUUUUAGUUCUUUUAUUUUUACUUAAUUUUCUCACUUCAAAAGUUGAUUUAUAGUAACCUUUUUACAUGUAUAUGAAUGUACAUAUGUGUGUGUUUUAUCUUCUCCCAAGGGAUUCUUUAAGAAUAGUCUUGAAGUUGGAUAUGUUGAACUUUAGUUGAAUUAUUUAGUUUUACAUAGAUGGUAGUGAUUGAUAAGAGUUGUUGCGUAUAUGGAUACAUCAUUUUACUUUUGUAUUUUUUUUAUACUUAUCAUUUCACUUUUAUUAGAUGGAAAAUGAAAAUAAUAUUUGCACCAAGAGUGACGUACCAAGAAGUAAAGCAAUAUGGAAUUUAGAGAGUUUGAAUUUUUUCUUAGACUUCUGUAUCAAAGAGGUUGAUGAUGGGCAUCGUCCUACUACUUAUUUAGAUAAAGUUGGAUAUGUAAACUUGAUUACAAAUAUGAAGAAAGCAACUGGAAGAGAUUACACUAGACCACAAUUGAAAAAUAAGUGGGAUGGAUUAAAAAAUGAAUGGAAGCUUUGGAAGCAACUCAAGGGAAAAGAAACUGGCUUAGGAUGGAAUAUAAAAAAGAAUACAAUUGAUGCAACUGAAGAUUGGUGGAAUAGUAAAUUACAGAUACAUUAUAAUCUUAGUCAUCCCGAUGUUGCAAAGUUUCGCAUUUGGGGAAUUGAACCAGAGGUAGAGGAAAAAUUAGAUAGGAUUUUCAUGAACACUGUUGCUACAGGAGAGUAUGCUUGGACACCUUCAUCUGGAAUAAUUCCAUCUGAGUCUGAAAAACCUUUUAACAAUAUUGAAACCUUACAUGAACAACUUGAGAGUAGUGACGAUGAUCUAGAGAUGCCUAAUACUGAUAGAUUUCUUAGAGAGAAAAAUAACAAGAGAUUAGCCGAGCCACUUGAGAAACAAAAUAAAGCAAUGAAACAUGGAAAAGGAAAAAUGAAGAAGACAGGGCCUUUAAUAAUAUUUGAACAAAUUGGUCGCCUUGCUGAUGCUGUGGAGACAAGGAGUAGAAAUAUUGAAACAGCUAGAAAGGAGAAUAGUAUUACCGAAGUUAUGAAAAUUUUAAAUUCUUUGCCUAGAAUUGAGAAAGGGAGCAACUUGUAUUUAUUUGCAACUCACUUGUUUAUCAUGAAAGAGAAGAGAGAGAUGUUUGCUUCAUUGGAAGAACCUGAGUUGAUGCUUACUUGGCUCAAGAAUGAGCAUACUCUGGGAUAA